AACGCCGAGACAACAACCUCUUCUUGUACAAUUUUCAUGUCCAUCUUGCCCUCACAGUCACAAAUCCAAGGAUCCACAUCAUCUGUUUCUAACAGUCAAAACCCUAAUUUCAAUCAUGGCAAUCUCCUUCCUCGUUCUUCUCCUUCCAUGUCCAAUCAGAUUCCAGGCCCUUUGGAUGCAACUGUACAAGAUGCAGGUGGAUCUUCCAAAGAGGUAUGUGAACGAAUAUUCGUUAUUCAAUGCAAGGUGAGUGAAGUAGGGACGCCUAAUGGUAGGAAGCAUUUGCCUCACCAAAACAGUGAGUCACAAUCCCGGAAUCAUUCGGGUGGUAGUGGGGUUGGAUCCACCCAGUCAAGGGGGAAAAUGUCGGGAACCACUGGUUCUCUUGGAAGUCAACAGAGUACUGGGUCCAUGAGUUCUCAGGGAGGUACGGCACAUUCAGUGGGAAAAAGAGCCCAAAUGAUAAAUGGAAAUCAUUUGCUGAAUUUUCAAUAUGACCCCAUCAAUCGUCCUCAAUACAGGCUGACACCUCCUCCUCCUAGAAGGCAGCGGAAGAUAAAGCCUUACAAUAAAGAUUUAUUUCUUCAGGCAAAUUACAAGUUUGUUGUGUUGGAUACUGGAAACUACAUACCUGAAUCAAUGGAUCCUGAUAAAAUGUUACAGUGGGAAGAUAUCAUAUGUGUGAGGUAUUCCACUCCAUUUCCAGUUCAGUGUCCUAUUUGUUUGGAACAUCCUCUGUGCCCACAACUGACCUCAUGUGGACAUAUUUUUUGUUUCCCGUGUAUACUACAAUAUUUGUUGAUGGGUGAGGAUAAUCAUAAAGGUGACUGCUUUAAAAGAUGCCCUUUAUGUUUUGUGAUGAUAUCUCCAAAGGAUUUGUACACCAUCGACAUUGAGAAUGUCAAACAAUAUCAUGUUGGUGAUACUAUAGAGUUUAUGCUUCUAACUCGGGAAAGAGAUUCAUUCACACUAUCUCAAAAAAGUAAACAAGAUAAAAGUGCUUUGCCUUGUUGCAGUGAUGAAAUCUAUGAUCCCUUCUCAAAGUUUACGUUUACAUCAGAUGUAGACCUAUCUGUCAGAAAAGCAAUAUCAGAUUUGGAUGGUUGGUUGGUCAGAGCUGAUUUGGGACUUGUGGAUGAUCUAGAGAAGCUUCCUUAUGUUUGUGCCGCAAUGGAUCAAUUAGAACAGAGGAAAAAGUAUUGGAGUGAGCAUCGGGCAUGUGACAGCAAUAAAUCUGGUAACCAUACUGAUUGCCGGAAUGAAUCCCAUGGACCUCUCUCAACUGAAAACAAUAGAGAUCAAGAUGCAUGUGGUUUUGGACACAAAUCAGUGUCUAUUGAUGUCAGUGAGCAAUGUAAGUUGUUGGGUGAUUUGAGAUUGGACAAGUCAAGUGGUGGGACUGGUCUGGGUCAAAAUGCUGAUGUAGGUGAACUGUUGGAAGGCCGAGACACAAAUUUAUCUUCUUCAUAUGAUGAAAAUAAGAGCUUGCAGAUUCACUUUACUGGCUCUAGAGACGUAAGGGACAAGGAUUCAUACAAUUUUUAUCAGGCAGUUGAUGGUCAGCACCUCAUUGUUCAUCCGUUAAACAUGAAAUGCCUUCUACACCAUUAUGGUAGCUAUGAUAUGCUUCCAGACAGAAUAAGUGGAAGGAUUUUACAGUUGGAAACAGUGACUCAGUCUGAGGCCAUACGGAGGCGCUAUCGUUACUUAAGUCAUUUCUCUUUAACGACGACAUUCCAACUUUGUGAGAUUGAUUUGAGUGAGAUACUGCCUGCUGAUGCACUAUUUCCCUUUAUGGAUGAAAUCAAGAAGCGUGAGAGGCUGAGGAAGCAACUUGCCAAGCAGGACUGGAAGGACAAAAUGAAGGCUGAAGCUGCUCUGGUGCAUUCUGUGCCCAUAUUACCCAGAUUUGGACAAUCCUCUCAUGAUGACUCCCCUUCGUUCUCCAUGGAUGAUUUUGAAGGUAAUAUAGUGCUUUAUUUGUUGGUCAAAAUCUUAAUGACAUAAUUCUUAGGGUGAUCAAGUAUCUGUUCUCGUUUUUGGAAAAUAUUGUUCAAUAGGCUGACCAACGAAUUUCAUAAAUUUUCUCUCACAAACUUAACAUAGCAGCUGAUAAUUAGUUUCUCAUGAAUUUUUCCGAAUGGCAGCUGAUAAGUAGUUUCUGAUGAAUUUAUUGAUGGAAAAAUUCAUCAGAAACCAAUUAUCAGCUGCCACAUUGGGUUUGUGAGAGAAAGUUUAUGAAAUUUGUUUGUCAGCGUAGUGUUGCCUAAUAUUGUAUGACAUGGGUUCUUAGUGAGAAUUUUUACAAGUUUACUCUUUUAACUGAAACUUUAUUAAUCCCCCCAAGAUGGUUUGCAUUGUACUAAUUUGUACUAUAUUUUAAUGAUUUGUUGAUUGAGCUAGACAACCAGUUACCAGUCAGAAAAUCUUGUAUCAAAUCUAAAAUUUUGCGAUCCCGCUGGCCUCAGAAAUUUCUGUUUUGAAAUAAAGUUAACUAAUCUAUAUAUUAAUGUAUGAAAUAUUUGCAAAUGCGUAGACGGUUUUAGAUUUUGACACU